AUCCUAUGAAAGGCAGACAGACAUACACUUAAUUAUGCUCAAAAAAUCGAGCUAUCUUACACAACAUGCUACAAAAGUUUUUUAGGGCCUCCACCAUAUAAGCGACACGCAAUAUCACAAUACAUAAAUUCUCCUUAUUCAUUCUGUAUAUUAUUUUUUAAAUCGACAGAAAUUAUCCUUGAGUUGUCGCUCAGUCAUUCGAGUAUCGAUUUAAAGUAACUAUGUGAAAAUUUCUCUCUUCUCGUGCUUAUUCCCUUUUCAAAAAGAACUUAUUUUAGUAACUGUCACAAAAUAUUUAUGAUAUCAAAAAUUUACAUGAGAAAUAACUUUUUUGAAACUAUCUAGCAUCAUUAUCCUUCUUCCUUUUCUUUCUCGCUCUCAUUUAAAAUAUUAAGCGCAAUGCUGAUUGUGAUAUCGACAAUUGUUUGUCUUAUAUGUUACUGCUGCCAUCGAAAGACUAAAAUGCGAUCAUCGCUGUACAUGCAACAAAGAUGGUUCGACAGUGAUUACAACAUGGAAGUGUACAGCAUUGAGCAGUAUUAUGACAUAACGACACUGAAUGAUGGAAAUGACGAUUCCAUAACAAUGAGAAGUGUCAAUGAACGACCACCUUCUUAUGAAUGCAUAAUGGCAUUCAAUGAAGAGUUUGUGAAGCAGCAAAAAGCUUUGAUUACAUCGCCAAGAUGCAGUGGAAUUGCUAGAAGCAUGUCAAUGGACAGCACACCAUCAAAUAAGGAAUUAGAUUUUAACGGGAAUGUUGCUCAGUCAGUUUCACAGACUGAAAUGAAUGAUCGAUUAAAUAACAACAAUGAGCCUAAUACUGCGUCAACAUCGGACGGUAAUAAUAUUGAGGAACUAAACAAUAAUAAUAUCGUAAAUGAGAAUGAUGGGGACGGAAGCUCAAUUGAUUUGGAUAUGAUUAAAGCAAAUGGAAUUAUUAAAUUGGACAUGUCGAGAAUCAUGGAUUGCACUGGAUUACCGACAUACGAAGCAGCUUUAAAGUUGAAAUCAAGUAAUUAUAUUUAAAUGUGUAUCAAAUGUCACACUGUAGUAUUUCUAGCAGAACAGAACAGAAAAGUACGGAAAACAUAUAAUACUUUGUGCCUCUAAAUACAAACAAUGACUGACUAUAUAGCGUCGAAUUACUACUUGCA